AUGCAUGUCAUCCUCACCGGCGCGACGGGCCUAGUUGGCUCGGGAGCGCUCGCGCAGAUCCUGGCCAACAUGAAGGCAGGCGGACCCAUCUCGCGCCUCUCCAUCCUCAGCCGGAAACCGGUGCCCAUGGCCGAGGGCGCGCCCAACGUGACCGUCAUCCAGCACAAGGACUACGAAAACUACCCGCCCGAGCUGCUGAAGCAGCUGGACGGCGCCGAGGCCUGCAUCUGGGCCCAGGGCGUCAGCCAAUUCGAGGUUGGCAAGGAAGAGUACAUCAAAAUCACCCAGGACUACCCGGUCGCCGCGGCCAAGGCCUUUUCCGGCCUGCACGACCCGUUCAAGUUCGUCUACGUCUCGGGCGAGGGCGCAACCCAUUCGCCCGGCUUCUUCACCCCCAUCUUCGGCCGCAUCAAGGGCGCCACCGAGCUCCAGCUGCUCGGGCUCCCCGCGGCGGGACACCCGUCGCUCGCGCCGUACGCGGUGCGCCCCGCCGCCGUCGACAGCGCCGGGCACGCCGAGGUCAUCGCCGCGCAGAAGGGCCGCAUGCCCGUGAGGGACUACAUGUCCGCCGUGGUCGGCCCGCUCUUCCGCGCCCUGCCCAGCGGCUACCUCUCGCCCACGGCGAUGCUGGGCGAUUUCUUCAUCAAGCUGGCCGUGGGCGACGGCGCGCCGGUGGAGGGCGACGACGUGCUGGAGGGAGGCCGCAUCGUCCCGAACAAGGCGUUUAGGAGAAUUAUGAAGCAGUCUGAAGGCAGCGGCAGAUAG